AUGGCGUCAAAGCGGGCUGCUAAACUUCGGGAGGAGUUACGCCAAGAGCUUAAGGGAGAAUUUGAUCAAUAUAAGGUGUAUUUGGAACAACGACUUGCUGAUUUCAUUGUUCGACAUGUUAGGAAGGACGUCGCCAAAGAAUUGCAACGAUUGGGGUUUGACGCCAACAACCCUAGACGAGUUUCGCGUGUUGGUAAAAUUUCCAAUAUUUCUGCAAGUUCUGGUCAUUCGGCCGCUUCUCAUCAACGGAGGGGUCGUCAAGUGGGUGUUCUGCGUUCACUCAGAGAUUUUGCAUCUGAAUUCUAUGCGCUUUUGACCCGGAAUGCCUUUGUCGGCACUAGAGAAACAAAGGUGAAGCGUUAUAUUUCGCGGCUGCGUCCAGCGAGGGUCCCUUUGUUCGAUUCAGCCUCUAUUGCUACUGCUCAGCAGCGUACCACUAAUGUGGAGCGUCAACAGCAGCGUCGGAGUGGUGGCAAUUGCUUCCAGCCACUGAAGAACCUUCCUUCCAGUCCGAGCAGCAAUCCGACUCCAACACUUGCUGCAGCACCGGAUUCUUCUGGUUCUGGUCGUCCCCGCGGCGGGCUAUCAAGUGCUUCAACUGUGGCAAACAUGGGCAUCGCCAAGUGGCCUGCAAACAUCCUUUGCAGCAGCGAAAGUUCCUUCGUGAUUUUAGCAUUGCCUUCUUUGGCUGCUCCACAUGUGGUUGAACAUGAUCAUGAUCCAUGGGCUAACGAAAACGUUGACUGGGGCAAUCCACCAAUAUUCGAUGUCUACCCGGACGACGACGAUUGGUGCCAUCGGUCGAUCUUUGAUGUUUACCGCGGUGUUGAUUUUCUGGAGGAAAGAGAACCACUUGAUGUCAAAGCAUUGGAUCUCUUGGUCUCGCCGCAACUUUCAGAAAAUUUUUCUCAACGAGAGGACAACAUUAACAACGAAGUCAAUUCCAAUGAUCUUGUUGAUGUUGUUUCACGUGACUCCCUUUAUGCUUUAUCUCCAAUAUCAGUUGCUAAUGAUGAUUGUUCUCUACAAUUUUGUGGUAAUUUUGGUUCAUUUGUAAAAUGCCACUCAUAUAUCAUAUCUGGGUCAAUCACGUGGUGCUUUCUUGACAUUCAUGUUUGGGUUAGUAAAAGUUGUUUCAAUGCUGCGGCAUUUUCUUUUCGGAUGAUGGGAGAGUUUGGAUUACUAGCUAGUUAG